AUGUCUGGAAAGAAAUUACCAUAUAUUGAAUUUAAGAAUUAUCAAGUUUAUCAAGAAAGCAUACUUAUUGGAAUUAUUGCACUUUAUGGAACAAUUAAUAUUAGUAUUCGUGGGAAAAAAACAGAUAAAGAAAUAUUACCAUUUCUUCUUAUUAAUAAAAUUCAAAUAUAUGGAGAAGAUCCUAUUUAUUGUAAUGAUUUAAUUACAACUAAAUGUGAAGACAUCAAAUUCUAUGAAAUAAAACAUGGACUUAAUAUCAAAACAGCUUUAAGACGUUUUCAUAAAAAUAAAAUUAUAGAAUCACUUCAUUUUUUAAUGGAUAUUUUAUUUCUUUUAGGUAUCAAUUUUAAUACGUAUAUCACAAAUGGUAAAAAUGGUGCUAUUCGUGCUGAAACUAUCCGUUUUAUUCAUUUACAAAAUGGUAGACUUUUAUCAUCUGAUGACAUUAAACAUAUUGGUAAUCUUAUUUACCACUCUAUCAUUGACAACUUAAAAUUCCAUCAAUCCGUCUCUCUUAAUCCUACUCAUCCUCUUCUUUCUCAUCUCUUUGACCAUCCUUCUUCUACUUCUUCUAUCUCUCUUUCUUCUUCUUGUCUUCCUUUAUCCAUUCCUUCUCUCUCUACUCACUCUUUCUCUUCUGUUUAA